UUCACAUACAAUAUAAACAAGUGGUUUCUCUGUAACUCACUCUCUUAAGCGGAGCUCCACUACAUGUUUUGUGCGUAUGCACAUUUACCCAGACCGAAAGCCACACAAUUGGCCACGGAAUAUACAAUUUUUCUGAUUUCUCAAAUCUCAUUCUGAAGGUAGAAUUGCGUACGUCAAGUCUCAUAAGUUUGAGGUGGAAUUGCGACUGACUGCACGCUAUCAUGUCUGAUGCAGUCAUGAAGCCAGUUAAGGAUACUAAUGGGAGGAGUAGACAGAUUAUGCAAUCUUACCAAUCUGUUUGGAUGGCUCACUGGAUGAGGUCAAGCUGUUAUGCACCAAUAGAAAUGUCCAAUCAUGAUGCUUCUGGAAGUGAGGAACUUGAUUGUGCUACUAGGGUCGAUAACUUAACAAAUGAGUUUGAUGUUUCAAGACCAGUCAAAGGACUUGGAGUGAUUGAGAAUAAAACUUUUGAGGUUGUAGAUGAGGGUCCAGAAAUGGGCUGCAAAAGCCUGAGAAAUGAGAUAUCACGCAGUUCUGUGUUCAGAUGUGUUCAAGACACUGAUGACAUACGAGCAUGUAGGCCUGUGUUUGCUCACAAACUUGAGCGUGGUAAAGCUGUUGAUCAUAAAAGUGGGAUUCAGUUUCUUCCCUUUGUUCACAGCAUUCCAGCUGAGAAUGAAAUUUCCUCCCGAGGAUGCCGUUCGCUGGGAGAAGGCAGUUCGAGGAAGCCUCCUCAGUGGAUGGAAACUCAUUCCAACAGGAAUGAUAGCUGCUUUGCAAUACCAAAAUUUUUGCAGGAAAGACUUGUAGAAUCAUCAUCAGAUAUUGUGCCAUAUAUUGAAAAAUAUAAGUUUGACAAAGAAAAAGCUGCCAUGUCUCCAAUGAUUAAUGAAUAUGCUGUUGUUUCCAAGCAACUGACUAAUACAUGCCUGAGAAAGCUAGAGCAUGAACAUUGUCAUGAGCACAACCAGUCAGCUGAUUUAGUUUGUCAGACAAAAAUGGACUGCUGCUCCAAGAAUACAUGUUAUGGGGAGGGUGAUAUGUGUGAUUCUGACCUGUCAACAUUUGGUCGGGACUGGUUCCCAAAGGUGCAGAAAUGUACAGGUAUCAGUCUGUUUCCAACUCAGUACACUGGUUCAGAGAAAAUUGAAACAAGGAAAUCCAAAAAUGAUUGUUACCCUCCACAGAAGUUGCAGAGUUGUGUUCAUGAUGUUGAGUCAAGAUUUUACACCAGUGUGGAUUCUGUAGAAGGAACAACAGGAAGUUGUCCCACGUGUUCUCAGACAAUUCACAGCAUGUUAAUCACAAAAAAGACUGAUGUCAAUCUGUCAAAAGGAAAUGAUAUUUUUGAACGUACAAGAGCUGCUACCAAAUUUGAUGGAAAUAUGUCUACUGAUCGUCAUCUCCUGUCGCCAUUUUGUGGUCAGUGUAAGCCAGUGAAACUUCAGACUCUGGGUCAUUGCAUCUGUAGUGAAGCAAAAGAAAAUGUCGGAGAUGUCAAGGCUUCUAAAGUUACUACAGAAAAUGAAUCACCAGUUGAGAUGGACACCAUAGACAUGGAUUCUUUUAAGGAGAAUAACUCAUGGACAAACCUGGGUUCUGGCUCAUUUUCUACCACAGCAAUUAAGGACACCAAUAAGGAUGCAAGUUUGCCCCCUCAUUUAGGUGUUCCUUCCUCAAGCAAAGCUGGAUGUCAACAGCUGACAAUCUGGCAACCUGAUAUCAACUUGGAGCUUCCAGCCUUACUAGGUGGGGCAAGUUCGUCUGAGAACACAUUCACUGACUUCUCAGAGACUCAGAGUUUGGAGAUGGAAAGGUUUUCGUUGCAUGUUGAGCAGCACAAAAGAAAGUCCACUCUCAGCGUGGAUGACUAUCCGCACGCAGAUCCAGGUAACAUAAUGGUUAAGCGCCUCAAGCUGAGCUCUUCAAACUAUGAUCAUGGCACAAAGAGCUCAAAUCUGGCUCAAAACUCAUCUCAUGGAAAAAUGGGUGAGUUUUUUACCAGAAUUCUGAAAAGCAGCAUCACUAGCUCAGAACCAAAUUCAAAUAAGCAUCAUAGUGAAGAAUCAUUGCUGUCAGAUAAGAGUAGGGACUUCGUAAGGAAAGACAAUGACAUUACCCAGGACCCAAUAAACAAGGACAAGAGCUUAUUGCUGUCACAUACUUGGAUACAAAGAUGGCUGAGGGAUGGACCAAAAAUGACCGAAAGGAAACCUGAAACAGUGGUGGUUCCUGAGCUACCAAAAUUGAGAUUAGCACAGAAGAACCUCCAAAAGAAACAGUGUCCCAGCAUUGCAGCUAUGGCACUGAUGCGAAAGGCUAUCACUGGUUUGCAACCAUGUGAGCUCCAGAAGAGGGGCCCUUUCACUAUAUGGAACACAAAAGGCUUCUGAAAACUUCGAUUGCUGCAACAGAUACUUGGUUUUCUGCAUGUGUUCUGCAGCAGAUAUCCUUGAGCUGAAUGAUACAAAUUCCAGACAUGCUCUUCAAGCUUGGUUAGCAGCAUAGAAAGGUGCCAAGCUAAACCAGGAUUUUAUGGUUUUGGCGCCUUCUGGUCUCUUUUGCUGUGUACCUCAUGUAAACACAAAAGGCAUACUGAGAUCAUCUCUCAAAGCACCACUGAUUUUCCAGCCAUGUAUAUAGUGGGACAUGCUAAUUUCUAUUUGGCGGAGGAAGAUGGCUAGUCAAGGCUUGUGAUUUUCAACCAAUCAGGGGAGAUGAUAGGAGGAUGAUUGGGGAAUGAUGAGAACUCAAUUUUGGCUUGUUUACACUAACAUUCAGGUUAAACUUAACUAAACUUGAUAACAGUUCAUGUAUCUCUUUCAUGUUAGCAUAAGUUGUUUAAACAAACCUCCCCUACACCAAGCACAUCACAGAUUCCAUGACUCUGAUGACUUGAUAUUGUUGUUUGCAUUAUAGCCAGUGUCCUAUUACCCAACUUUGAUGAACACAGUUUGAAUCUUGAUGAUCUGGGUUGGUAUUGCUUAUAAAAGACUAUGAUAUCGUCUUGAUAGCAUAGCAUGUUUUUGUUUUUUCUUGUUUUUCACCAUCAAUCUAUGCCAGUCAGUAUCUCAAAACAUUCAACAUGAAAUAUUACCUGCAAGUGAGAUCUUUAGCUGUUGAGAAGUCAUGAGUUGCCUGUUCUACCCUAAUGAAUAGGGGGAACAAUAAUCAUUUUCUUAAGGGCACACUGGCAACUCAGGUUUUAACAUUGCAAGAAAGGAGAAAUUGACAAAGGAUUGCUAUAACUAAUGAGGUGAAUUAUAGCUCCUGCAAAUCACUUCACCAUAUGAAUAGUUUGAGUUUGAUGAGAAUCACUUCAGCACUGGAAAAUGCAUAUAGUAAAUAGGCUGUAGACACUAUCAUGAAAUCAAAACGUCUAUACAAGCCUUAAAUCAGCAAUUUCGAUUAUUACUAUAGAACUACUACAUAUUUUUAUUUCACAUACAUGCUUUCUUUAACUUGAAACAGAAAAAGCACUUGUAAACUGCACCCUCAGAUUUAUUCCAGGACUUUCAACUGUCUUUCCACAUACGCCAAAGCAAGCUUGCCUUCAGGAAUUUCCCCAAGAUGGUUUAUCAGUUGGUCACCGGAUGCCUCAGUUGAUAACGGCUCAAGUUUGGCUGUUGUAUAACCUCAAAUGACUCCGGAGAUGGUAGCCAAGUAA